AUGUCAUCAGCCAGAGUUGAGUCAUCUAGAUUAGGAGGAGGAAUUGAUGAAGAAGCAGUUGUAAUCGAAAUCGGCUCUCUAUAUACAAAAUGUGGCUACUCCAGAGAAGCACUCCCUCGCAGUAUAAUUAGAAAUCCUGAAUCCUUAAUUUCGCUAACCCAUGAAAGCUCAAAAGAAGAUUAUUAUCCCAUCCUCCGCGACUUUUUGCAGAUUAUUUACUUGCAUAAAGUGCAAAAAUCCCCCAAAGACUCAGCUACAAUACUAUGUGAAGGUUUGAUGGCACCUCGAGGUCUAAUCGAAGCUACGGUAAAAAUUUUGCUUGAAGAUUUACAGGUCCCAAUUCUAUAUAUAAUCAUGUCAAAUUCUUUGCCUCUUUAUACAACUGGUUCGUAUACAGGCUUAUUAAUUGAUGCUGGAUACUUUGGAGUUGAUAUUUUGCCUGUAAUUUUACUAUAGUAGAUAUAUGAAGGAAUUCCCAUUAUAAAUUCAUUCGUAAGCGCAGACUGUGGAGGAAAAGCAUUAUUAUCUUCAUAUAAAAAUAUAUUGGAAGCGUCUAAUCCUGGGCACCGAUUUUCAUUAGAGACUGUUGAAGAUAUAGUAGCAAGACUAUCAAUAAUUCCAUAUGGAAAAUUAAGAAAGGAAUUACAAGAAAGGCCGACAGCAAAUAAAAUUUAUAAUUUCAUUCCCCUGAAGCAUAACAGGGCAAUCUCAGUUGAUUUUAAACAAAGACUGAUACCUGAAAGCAUAUAAUUAAAAUAUGGCGUCUUCGUCUGGGCAUGGCCGGGAGGCCAUGCAGUCUCAACUCAUAUUUUAAUUAUAUCCGGCAAAGUUUUAUCAUUUCAGAGAUGGACAGCAAUGCUAGGUAAGCAAUUCUGGUUGUGUUCAGAGCUUAGCCCAAGUCUACUUUCAGGGAUGUUUUUUUCCUCGUGGGGAAGGAAGGCACGGAAGUUGGAAAGGGGAAGCUCAGCAGAGUCCUUAGGAUCAAUCGGGCAACUCCCUAGCGUGAAACUGGGCGUUACGUCCCAGGCUACGUGUUUUUCCUUUUUGCCGACAGCUGACCAGAAAAUCCAUUUUUUGGAUUUUCGGAAAAGCAGCCCAUGUCCACAAGCAAGAAGCUCACUCAUGAGCUGUCGAGCCAGUGACGUUUGCCCUAGGCGCACCCUGGUGAUCAAAGUGGGUUGGCCCAGCAACCUGUGGGCCCGAUGCGGCAAAAGGUAAGCGGCAGACCUGGGUUCGGUCUACCCCAUAAGGGAUGUUAAGCGUUAUAAAUUUUAAUGUAAUGUAAUGAUACCUGAAAGCAUCUUUUUUGGAGAAUACUCCCAAGAUUCGUCAAAUAUAGCUGCAAGCAUUUUGAGAUCACUACAAACUUGCGAUAUUGAUACAAGAAAACAGUUAAUUAAUAGCAUUAUUGUUUCUGGAGGAUGUGCUAUGAUGAUAGGGUUUAUGGAAAGAUUAGAAGAAGAGCUCUUAGAUUUACUUCAUAAUGAGCCUGAUUUUUCUAAUAUAAAGCCACUUGCAGACUACGUUCAAAUCAAUCAAACCCCUUAUCCAAGAAAUUUGCUGACGUGAAUUGGUGCUUCUAUUUUUGGCUCUUUGCCAGGGCUAGAUAGGUUUUCACUUAAUCUCGAAACUUAUCAGCAAAAAGGCCUUGAAGAUAAACUUGGGAGAUAUUAUUUAUUUGGAGAUAGGCCAAGCUUGCAAGAAAUCUAUCAAACACAAAAUCUUCCAAUGGAGAGAAUGAGGCUUUCUUUCAUAAGGCUCUAA